AUGGCCUCUCCGGUUAGUAGUGCCCAAAGCCUGCUGUUGGCUCAAAAACAGACGCCCAUUGAAGCAGACUCUGCGGACGCGGAAAGUCCGGACGCGUCGACCCGAUCAUUGACAAGCGACGCUGCGAAUUUCGAGGAGGAGAACGGGAGAACUUACGGCGAACACCUUGAAAUUUGUGUGGCUGAGAGCAUCGUAGCAUACCCCUUCCCCAACGACGCUUCGGAAAAUGAGCGACUCGACAGCCAAUACCUGAUGUUGAAGUAUACCUUCGAAGGACGAAACUACUUCGCGCCGUUAUCGAACCCAAAACGCAUCCUAGACAUUGGGACUGGAACUGGCCGAUGGGCUACCGAGAUGGGCGACGAGUUUCCAGAUGCCGAGGUCCAAGCGACCGACCUCUCACCCAUCCAGCCUUCAUGUGUUCCUGUCAAUGUCCAUUUUUUCAUCGACGACGCUAGUGAGGAAGACUGGGCAGUCCCAGCAGCAUACUUUGACUUCAUCCAUACCAGACUACUUAUCGGAUGCUUCACGGACUUUCGAGACAUUAUCAGGAAAGCUUUCUACUACACCAAGCCAGGGGGGUGGAUGGAAAGUCAAGAAUUUCUGUCGACACCUUUGUGCGACGAUGGGACGAUGCCCAAGGAUUGGCCGUUCUUAGACUGGACCAAUUAUGUAGAGGAUGCUUCCGUGGCAUCAGGUCGGCCACUUCGAAUAGCUCACAAAUUGAAGCGGUGGUAUGAAGAGGUCGGGUUCGUUGACGUUCAAGAGCGCAUCUUCCGAAUACCCAUAAACCCUUGGCCCAGAGAGAAACACCUAAAGGCCAUUGGUAGGCAAUCGGAAUUGAAUUGUCUAGACGGUCUAUCUGGCUUCAGCAUGCGUUACUUCUCCCGAAACCUGAAAUGGACCAAAACAGAAAUUGAGGUUUACCUUGUAAAUGUGCGAAGUGCAAUCUCUGAUAGGAGCGUUCACGCGUAUCAUAGGGCAUAUGUUGUGUGGGGGCGGAAGCCGCUCGAAAGUGAGGUGUCUGCUUCGUCGAGAACUGGGCCGGCUUCGUAG